AUGCUUAAAUCCAUUAUGUAUAUUAAUUACCCACUUAUUCUUAAAUCCCACUGCAGAGUGUGUGGGAUCUCCUGCAGUGAUAGGGCUGAAGAGGAGAUUGAAACAGCUAAUGACAGCACAGGUGGGGAUUUCAUCUUAGUGGGCUUCUCUGAGCGGCCUGAGUUAGAGCUGAUUCUCUCCCUCUUUGUCCUGACAUUCUACACGAUAACCCUUGUGGGCAAUGUGGCCAUCAUCUUGCUCUCGAUCCUGGACACUGGAUUCCACACACCCAUGUACUUCUUCCUUAGAAACCUCUCUGUUCUAGACCUCUGCUUCACUACCAGCAUUGUCCCUCAGAUGCUCGUGAACAUGUGGGGUGGCAACAAGAAGAUUAGCUAUGCUGGCUGCAUGGUCCAGUACUGGGUGGCCUUGGCACUUGGCUCCACUGAGUGUGUUCUCCUUGCAGUGAUGGCAAUAGACCGAGCUUCCUGGUGUUCUGGUUUUGCCAACUCCUUUCUACAGUCCUCAAUGGCCAUAGUGCUGCCUCGAUGUGGAAACCGGCGUGUGAACCAUUUCUUUUGUGAACUGUUGAUCAUUGUUAAACUCUCCUGUGUGGAUACUGGCCCAACAGAAUCUAAAAUGUUUAUCGCCCGGCUAAUCAUCCUAGGCAUGCCUGUCUCCAUCAUCUUGACCACUUAUCUGUGCAUCACCAGAGCCGUAGUAAAAAUGCGCCCAGCAGAAGGAAGGAAAAAGGCCUUUGGGACCUGUGCCUCCCACCUAAUGGUAGUCUCACUCUUCUAUGGGACCAUUAUGUUUUUGUAUCUGCAGCCCAAGGACAACUACUCCCAGGACCAGAGCACAGCACUGGCGGUGCUAUACAUGAUCCUUGCUCCAACACUCAACCCUCUGAUCUACACACUGAGGAAUAAGGAUGUGAAGAAAGCAGUCAGGAGGUUGAUAGGGAAGGAGCAGGUAUAG